CAGCUCCGGGAAGGCGAACGGCAGAGAGAGGGAGAGAGAGAGAUGCGAAUGGGCAGCGAUAAAUCCCUCCCUCCCUCCCAUCCUCCACGCUGCCCCCAUUCACAAGGAGCGCCGGGGACCAGCCUGCAUUCACAAACCGGAGCCGGGCAGCCCUCCCGGGCUCUCCCUCGCUGCCCCCGCCGGCGGCCCGGCCCGGCCCCGCUCCCGCUCCCCGGGGCGCGGAGCACGGUCCGGCUGCGGGGCCGGGGGGGCGGGCGGUGCCCCGGGUCUAUGCCUGCCGCCGGUCGCCUCUGAGCAGCCCCGCUCCGGGCCGCCCGGUGCCCCGGGGCUGGCCCCGGCCGGGCUCGGGGCUCCGCGGGCGGAUGGACCGGCGGAGGCGGCGGCGGCGGGGGGUCCAGGGGGCUUCAGGUCAACAGCCUGUGCUGUAGUAAGACCUUCCAAGGAUUUUUAGAUGUGCCCUGAUGCCGCAGGGUCUCCUCACUCCUGGAAAUGCAGCUCUCUUCCAGUGUGGCUGAACUCAGUUGUGACGAGACGAUGGACCCACCCGCUGAGGACUUCCAGCAGGUCCUGUCCAUUGACCAAAUCCGCUCCAUCCGUGCCAGCAACAACUACGUGGAGAGACCAGCUGUCUGCUUCCAGCAAGCCCGCUCCAACCCAUCCUUGUCCCAGCCACCACACAAGCAAGAGUGGUCCCAGGGCCGCCUGGUGUCUUCCACCUUCCAGGAUCUGCACCGCAGCCACAGCCAACAGCACCAGAUGCCACCUUUGCAGCAGCACAUGAGCCAUUCCAGCACAGCCAGCUCCGUCUCCCAAAGCACCACCGCCUCCGACCAGCGCCUCCUGAGCAGCCUCACGCCCUCCCACUCCGGGCACUCCCUCAUCCGGACGCAGCCCCGGGCCGGCGAGCUGAAACCGGAGGAGUCACCGCUGAAGGGGGUGGCGGAGAAGCCCACGCUGCACACCGGCCACCUCUUCAUCUGCGAGGAGUGCGGGCGAUGCAAGUGUGCCCGCUGCACGGCCGCCCGCAGCCUGCCCUCCUGCUGGCUCUGCAACCAGCGCUGCCUCUGCUCCCCCGAGAGCCUCCUCGACUACGGGACUUGCCUCUGCUGUGUCAAGGGUCUCUUCUACCACUGCUCCACCGAUGACGAGGACACCUGCGCUGACGACCCCUGCUCCUGCGGGCCGGGGUCCUGCUGUGCCCGCUGGGCUGCCAUGAGCUUCCUCUCUCUCCUCAUGCCCUGCCUCUGCUGCUACUUUCCUACCCUGGGGUGCCUCAAACUUUGUCAGCGGGGUUAUGACAACCUGAAACGACCCGGCUGCCGCUGCCAGAGCCACACCAAUACGGUCUGCAGAAAGAUCUCCUCCUCCAGCGGCACACCUUUCCCCAAGACGCUGGAUAAGCCGGUAUGACCCUCCCGGGGAGGAGAAGCAGGCUCUACUCCUCUUCCUCCUCCUCCUCUCCCCUCCAUCCCCCUCCUCUCUCAGCUCCCUCUGCUCUGCAGCGCUCUCCCCUAAUCACCAUCAGCUCCUGGGAAUGACAUGGGUGAACUGGUGGUCCCUCAGCCUCUGGGAGCAGGAAGGCAGCCGGAUGGCCAGGGGAGCUGGCACCAAGCUGGUGGGAAAUUAUGGUUUUGCACAUGUGGGUGGAGGGACCAGGAGAGGCAGAGGGAGCUGCGGGUGCCCUCCCUGGCCGUGGCCCACGGAAAAGGGCCACCCGGCGGGUCCUUGGGGCUCGCUGUCAGAGGGUUUUAGGAGCUGACGCUACCCCAUGGUGUGGUCCUUUCCGAUGAGGGGAAGAGGCAGGUCAACACAUCCCCUCUGCAGGAGCCAGACCUCCUUCUCUCUCUCUUUAUCUCUCUCCAGCACUUUUUGUGGGGGGCCUCUCUACUCUCACAUGGCUGUAGGUCUGCUUUCCCCAAGGGGUCGGGGUGCGGCAGGGUCCCACUGGUGGCAGUGGCUUCCCUUUGGGCUUGGAAGCUGCUGGGAGAAGCAAUCUAGCUUCAAAAUGAGGUGGCAUUGUAUUUUUCUGUCUCAAAGAGGAAGGGAAGGUGUGGGAAGCUUUAGAAACCUUCUGGCAGAGGAUGGAGCUAUUGGAGGCAGCCUAGCCCACUCGCUUCUGCCCGACUGCAGUGAGGGAAAGGUCCCCUCUGGGAUUUAGCUGAGAACAAGAAGCUGGUUUGAAACUGCCGUUCAUUUCUCGAUGCCUUGAAGGGCUACCUCCAGGCCACAAACCCUGGUGGGUGGGUGAUGCCGCCCAGCUCCAUCCCACCACAGAGGAGAUGCCACGGGCACUGGCUCUGUGCUUGAGCUCCAAGAGCCCCAGUCUGGUACCUUCCACCAGCACUGAAUUCACUUUAGAAAAAAUACCCCAAACCCAACUGUCAGCAUCUGCCUCUCACCCUGCUCUCCCUGUCACCUUGUGCCGGUCCUGGGCAACUCCCCAGCGGGGACUUCUGCAGCACCUGCUUUGGAUUGGAGGGAAACAGAGAGCAGAAGGGGGUGUUGAAAGAUGGGAGCCCCACCUUCCCUCCCUGCAGAAGUUGCCUGUGAGUCCUCACCUCGCUUUCCUUGGCCCACCUGUGUGUCACACCAACACCAGCGUCAUGCCGGCAGGCAAACCUGCUGGCACUGCUGAAGGGUGUUCUGCACUGGUGGCUGCCUGCGGCAAACCGGAGAUGGGUCUGAACCAAACCCCAGGGCUGGGCUAUCUGCAGACCAGGAGGAAACACCAAUCAGGGUCAGGGCUUCAUGGUUUACUUGUUGGGAUGAUAAAAAGCCCAACUCAUCGUUGUGGCUGGGGGAAGGUCCAGGACUCAGCCCCAUUCCGCUUGCCAACACACGGCACCAGCUCUCAGUUGUGACUCUGCUGACAUUGGCCAAUUGGUCAGGGAAGCUUGGGGCUGGGAUGAUGUCUCGGUGCUCAGCUCUGCCUGCCUGUCCCCACUCCGAAGUGUGUGUGUUCAGAGGGAAGCAAAUGGUUCCCCUGGAGAAAUAUAUGCAACAUGUCCAUUGGUGUCCUCCACAGCCCUGCCAUCCAGGGCUCAUCCAUCACCUUCCUUCAGCCACCUCUUUAUGUAGAGUUCUGUGGAUCUAUUUUUGUAUAUAUAAAUAUAACGUUAGGAUGGCUAGGUCUAUUACUAAUAAUAUUCAUGAUACUGCUGUGAAUGGUGCCAGAUGCAAGGUUUGGCUUCCUGGUACACUUGCACAUGCUGGAAGGUGACUUCCCAGUCUGUUAAUUGCUAAUCCUAGACCUAUAGUUCCUGGGUAGUUGGGAGAGGGGUUUACAGGUUGCUCUGGCGGCCUCUGCUUGGCAGAGAGAAGGUCAGGAUUGGUGCGGCCUGUGGGGUGAGGCAGGACAUAGACUCUCACGAUGGGAUUCCUCUUUCCAUACAUUUCCUAUCUGAAAAUUGCAGCUGAUCCAAGCUCCCUCUGUUGCUGAGAAAAGCGGUUCCAGUGGGUGAUUCAUCCCACCUUGAAAACAUUAUUCAUUAAAUUAUAGUCUGGUGGUGCCUGUCUCCCCUUGACACAAAUGGGGCUCAAACACUGAACUCCCAGUUCCUCAUGGAAGGGAAGAUGAAUCCCAUCCCUGGUGCGAAGUUUGUGCCUGGGCCACGUAACAGUCAUGACCGAAAUCCUCAGCCCGAUUUCACCUAGAGCCUGAGCAGGGAUGUAGAAAGAUGGUUCCUCUGACCAAGGGUGGAGAACCCAUUUCUGUAAGCUGUGGGGAAUUCAGGACGAUGCUCUGGGUUACAGUGAGGAUCUCCUGGCAUUGAAAAGGGAGAGGACCAUGUCUGUGUGGUUUGCACAUCCUUUGAGGCCAGCUCUGGACCCUGAAAUCGUUUGGGUUUUAAGGCAAUGACUUUCUCGGAGGAUGCCCUGUAGGUGUGUGUACCCCCAUAAGAUCAGUCCGUGUCUUUGUGGCAGCAGUUACGAAAUACAUUGCAAACAUAUUUAUCCACAUGCCAAUAAUUGCUUGGCUCCCUACUUCUGAGUGAUAUUUGGGGGAGAGACUUCCACCAAGAGGCAACUCUUCCUUUUGGACACUUGGUUCACUUUUCUAUUGGUGCUGAUUAAACUCCUUCUUCCCAAAAAAUAGAAAACUUUUUUUUAGGGAAAAAAGGUCUCAUUUUCACUGAAGGUUUGAGGAACUGUCUCACUUGAAUGAGAAUGUGAAAUAGUUCAUUGAAACUUUUUAAAGAAAACUAAUGAACAGAAUUUUCCAACUUGCUCUACUUAGAUUUUUUUUUCUCCUCCUUUUUAAAUGAAUCCUCCUUGUAAAUUUAGUUACCACCUCUGUAUCUUUGCAACUCAUUGCUUCCUCUCCUGAUGGUGGAAUGACUCAACACGAGGAGCUUCAUCAUUUUCACAGCCUCCGAAGUCAUGCAGGCACGGAGUGACCUCCCCCAGGUGUGGGACCUGUAGGAUGAGAAGAUGGUUGUCCACAUAUCAGCUCCCCAGAGCCAGUUUUGCUUGGCGCUAGCAGAGCGAGGCGGAGCCCUGCGCUACUAUUGCAGCGUAUUUACCUUUGGUAAUUGGUAGGAGGCCAGGACGCCUGCCAGUAGCCUUCUACCUAAUGGGAUUUUUCUGGGUCGGUGCGGAAGUCCCAUUUCGACCAGGGAAUCUUGCCAUAGCCUGGGUGCGGGGCUGAGGAGUCCAGCCAGGUCUCUUGAACGUCUUAUCUCCAAGAAAUGAAAGACCUGCGAGAUAUCUUUUAUGAAAUAUGGAACAUUUAAAAGGGAACUUGAGAGCAGGGGAGCCCCAGAUGGGCACUGAGGGGUGUCAGACCAGCGCAAGGCUUUGGUUUGAUUGUGUUAAGGGCAAAAGGCAAAGCCACAUCCUUGCAGUUGUGUGGACUAGAGAAGUGUAGAGCUGUUGGCCCCUACACGGCUUGCAGGGGCAGGUGGCUUCACGUUGAUCCCCACUCCGUCUGGGGGGGACUCGGUGAGCUCCAAUUCCUUGCUCUCCGCAGAAGGGACAGGUUAGGAUUUGCCGAAAGCUGUCCAAAGAGGCCAGCUCUGGUUCGCUGAUCUCAGGUGUCAGGAAGGCUGUGGCCAGCCUCUGAUCAUGUUUUUUUCUCACAUCUUCAAACCAGAUCCAUCCUGCUCCUUCCCUGUCUCUGGCUGCCAGAUAGUUUGGUUUCCCUGCAGAGAGGACUCCAAUUUUGGUUGGGGUUGUGAGCCCCUUUCCUGCCCCACCCUGUAAUGAGUCAGAUAACAUCUGCUCCAGAUGUUUGUUUGCAGCUGCUUGUCCUGGCAGUUUGGGUUUCUCUCUGUCCUGACGUGUCUUUUUUGGUUUUCUUUUGGGAGAGUCACGUGUUGAGUCCUCUGUUUUCCCUGUGCCCCUGUGACAUGACAAGGAUGGAGCCACUUUGCAAGGGAACAUUUCUCUGUGUUGUGUCCCUACCGGUUGUGGGCUCCUUUGCCAGGAAAUUUGCAGGGCCAAAGGAGGAGGAGGCAGGAGCUACUGAGCAGGACCUGAGCUCCCCCUGCUCUGCUCCCCAUGCAGGCACCUCUUCUUCCCACCCAGACCAACAAAGCUCCAUCCACACUAGAGCUCCUGCUGGUAUUUGCUUUCUCCAAGGCCUCCCUUGGUCCAAAUCCUCUCCUUGCUGACUGGCAAACAAGAUCAGUCCCAGCACUGGUAAGGAGGGGUCACUGAGGACAAAGGUGGAGUUUCCCUCCCAUCCCACCCUCCUUGUGGAAGGGCAGAAGUGGUCCUUGGGCUGCUGUCCACGCAUCCCUGAGAAACAUCAGUGCCAACCAAGUACCUCAAAGAAUAGGGGGGAAACUCUCUGGGUCUCUACUCUCAGAUUCCCAUAGAAUCCCAUUCAGUUAACUCUUCCUCAUUCCCAUGUGUGAACCCAAUGGCUGGUGGUCAAGUGUCAUCGACCAAAAGCUGUCAAAGCACAGAAUAACAGUUUAUAAACAGGUGCUUUAGUGCAAUAAGGAGGGAUGAGCAGGGCGGUGAGAGGAACUGCUGCAAGGUUUGCACAGGGAAAGAACACACCAUGCCCUGAACUUGCUGUUUCCACCACCCGCUUUGUUAGUUUUCUAUCUCUGGCCCUUGGGUGUUUCAAGGCUGGAGAAAGCUGGGAGGUCUUCAGAUAUUGGAAGGUCUAAUUUUUGUGAUCAGCAUGUGAGGAAAGUAGAUAAGGGAUGCGCCUCCACCCCAAAGCCCAUUCUUGGUCUUUAAUGGGAUGCAGUUCAGGCUUGUCCCCUUCAAGGAGGCAGCAGAACCCAGACCUGCGGGAUGCUUGCAGCAGCUGGAAGCUGCUGGUUGGCAUCUAGUCCAUGUGGCCAAACCAGAGAUGUGAUGUCUUUGGGCUUAGUCUGCUUCAGGGUAUUUCUCAGUGAGCAUUGGGAUCUCUUGCAAAUUCUUUCUCCCAGAGUGCAGGUAGGGAGCUUGCGCAGAUGAGAUCUGUUGUCCUGCUUGGGGUGAUGUUGCGGAAGAAUCCCCUGGGGACAUAAGCCAGGGAGGCUGAAUGGUCCUUUUGCAGGGGGACUGCAGGCAAGAGGGAUGUUGGAUGGGUGGGAAGGGAUCACAAGCCUCCGUGGGAGUGCCGGCAAGGGGAAGCCAUGCGAGGUCUCUUGCUGGGUCUCUCUCCUGCUGCACCUUCCUGCAGCUCCUGAAAGGGCUUCAGCAUGAGCAGAACCAAACCCACCCUGUUGAGCUGGCCUGGGCUUUGGGAGAGAAGGUUUCUCACACCCUCUGUCCCAACAGCACCAGCCGAGAGGUGUGUGGUUGUCCUGGAGCCGUCACAGACCCAACAGAGCCCCUUUCCCCCCUCCCCGUCCCCUCUGCCCAUCCUUUCCCAGCGGUUCCCUCAGCCCUUUGCGAUGCUCUGCAGACAGGCGGUGGCUCCACAGCCUCCUGCCUCCCCAGGUGUCCUCAGCACAAAGUUCUCCUUAGAAGACGGAUCACCCUUGGCUUCGAAGGAGAGUCUCGUACCAAGAACCGAACCCUCUAAUUCUCCAUUUAAUUGGUACAAAGGCAUUCUGUACAGUGUAUAAAGAGACCCCUCCCCUGGCUGUCUUUAUUCGGGUUCCUUUCUAUAAGGUAUAAUAUAUGUUUGUAACCUGAUGGCUGUUUUUUGACAAUAGUCUUGUACCUUUUAAGGGAAAAAAAUAAAAAACCAAAGUAUUUAUUUGAAAAGUUUAUUUUAAAGAUAAGAAAAAAAAUAACCUAUUUAUUUUAAUGCACCCUCUUCUGUUCGGUUUUCUUCUCUUGCAAAGCUGAUAACUGUUACUGAACCACUGCUGAGGUGAAAGAAGUAAUUCUAUGAGUGGCUUCACAAGCCCACUUAGAGCAACUAUUCAAUAAAAAUAUAUAUUAAUUUUGAA